CGCGUGUGUGUCGAUACCGAGCCUCCCCGACGAAUCAGGUCUCAACCGACGCCCAACAAGGGCCACCACUCGGGACAAAGCCAAAAGGCACUUGGAACUUAUGGAGCGGUCCCUACCUAGGCUGGCCCGGAAGCGACAACGGUCCACCGGAUUGGCCCAUGGCCGACAGGUCCGGAGUUACGAGGCCCAGAACGGGAAUGCGGGUCCCAGGACCCAGUAUAAGUUAGGGGACAUCGUGCAGGUAAGGAAAUGUGCGCGCCAGGGUAAACUAGCGCCACGAUUCUUCGGACAGUAUCGAGUGAUUGAACUCGGACCCAACGGUGUGGACACCAUGCACCUCGCUCCCGAUCACACGCCACAUGUCCUAUCUCCGCCUUCUUCCCUCUGUUCCGUCUCCUUCUCCAUCAACCUCUGUCGACGACGACUCUAUCUCCUCUGCAUCUCCUUCUCCUUCUCAAUCUCUGUCGGAUAUGCCGUCACCAUCGUCGUCGCCAUGAGCUUUAUGGAGGAGAGAGCUCUAAGUGAAGAAGCGUUGGUACCACGUGGGAAUUUGACACUGUGGCAGGUAUAUCAUCCUCGUCUUAGUCCGGACCUUCAGCGGCUUGCACAAUUCUUCUGCUCGAGGGGCGUCUACGCGGCAGCAGAGAUCCAUGUCAACGGGAGGGCUGACGCGAUCAUAUUGGCCGAAGAUGUCGGGUUGCAACAGCGAGCAUCUGCGGGCGUCGGCCGGAUAACGGUGGUAGUUAAUUUCAGUGGAGAUCUCAUGGCGAUCCCCCCCUGCGGACACACGAGAAUCAAGGUGGCGUUGCUGCUGUGGGUGCAUAAUCUUCAGAACGAGUGGACCCAUCUCCUGACGCACCAAGGGGACGUGAUCACACCAAUCCGAGCGAUCAAAUACAACAGCCUUCGGCUGGAUCGGCGCUGUCGGAGGCUCCUCACCCAGGAGCUUACGGUCCCGAUUGCGCAGCUGGCCGACGAUCUUGACGUCAGCAUUGUCUCCCAGGUGGACCCGCGCUUGGUGCCCCACGUCACCUCGCGCGCGUUGUCGCCAUACCUUCAGUGGUCAGCUUGCGUGGAGGGCUUCCCAUCGAGAAUUCCGCCUUCACGGUUGGAUUAUUUGGAUCCGCUCGACAUGGUAGAUCCCGCGUUCUACAGACCGCCGUACGAGGACGAAUUGGAGGAGAUAAUCCGCGAGGAGCUCGCGGAAGGAAGUUCGGAGGAAGAGGAGGAGAAUCCGAACGAAGACGAAGGGGAGCCAGCACAGCAGCAAGAAGGAGAAGAAGACGAGCUCCUGCAAACAGAGAACAAAGAGGAAGAAGAAGAAGAAGACAACAAGCAAGGGAGCGGUGACGAAAAUGACGAGGAGCACACCGACGAGGAUCCCCAGCUAGAAAUUGCGUCGGUUGCUGAUCUUCCGAUCAGCAACGAUCCAACGCAGGACCCGGAGCCACCUCUGCCAGGCGACGGCGAUGUGGCCCAGAUGGUUGGGCCGUCCAUUCGUCGGCCUCCUUCCCCACCGCGACACCGACGACGAAGCCGCUUCCCCUCCGCCUCCCUCUCCCUCGCGGCGCGUCCCGUACUUCGAGCACGUCGAGAUGAGGCCGAUCGGUCUUCGUCCUCGGGCUCUCUCUCUCCGACCCCAUGACUUCCUCACCCUGCGCCAGCUCACCCGUUCCGCCGUCUUCCCCCGCAAUCCCUUCCCCCGC